AUGAACGUCUCUAACAAUGACCUCCUCAUCAGCUUUGAUGUUGAGUCAUUGUUCACAAGUGUACCAGUUAAGGAUGCUUGCGCCAUCAUCCUUGAGAGAUUGAAAUUUGACAGAACUCUCCCUGACAGGACACAGUUGUCUCCUCUAGAGAUCCAUGACCUGCUUGAGAUGUGCCUCAAUUCCACCUCUUUCAGAUGGAGAGACACAUUCUACAGGCAAACGGAAGGGGGUGCCAUGGGGUCUCCCCUGUCCCCAGUGGUAGCCAACAUGUUCAUGGAACAUUUCGAGGAGACGGCUCUCCAGUCAGCAACCCACAAACCCAAAGUGUGGCUUAGAUAUGUGGACGACACUUUUGUGGUUUGGCAACACGGUGCUGAGGAAACUAGCAAUUUCCUACAGCACCUCAACUCUCAACACGAGUGUAUCAAGUUCACCAUGGAAAUGGAGAAUGAGGGAUCUAUCCCCUUUCUUGAUACAAAGAUUACGAGGACGGCACAGGGAUCCCUAUCCCAUCAGGUUUAUCGGAAACCUACUCACACUGAUCGGUACUUGAACUAUCGUUCAUUCCACCACCCAUCAGUGCUAAGAUCCAUCAACAAGACGUUAGUCAAACGAGCGCAUGAGGUUAGUGACCAGAUCCACCUGAGAGGUGAGCUUGAGCAUAUCAAACGUGUUUUGAAAUGUAACAACUACCCCUCACAUAAGAUCUGCACUGAGCUUCCCCCCUCGCGGAACCCUCGUGCAGGACAACCCAAGGCGAGAGUCGUUCUUCCAUAUCUGGGAGCAGCCUCUCACAAAAUUCAGAGGAUUUUGAGAGAAGCCGACAUUGAGGUUCGUCAUAGUUCCUCAAAUAAGCUUCAAUCUGCCCUCACUACACAUAAGGACAAGCGCAACUCCAAGGACGUACCUCCCUGGAGUUUACCGAAUUCCUUGUGA